AUGGCUAGCAAGCUUGCUCAAAGACUCUUGAAAGGUCGCAACCUUGAUAGGAAGAACUCUGGGUCAAAAACCGCAGGAAAAGCCCGGCCAAAGAAAGUUGUAAAGGCAUCUAAGAGCAGACCAACUAAAAAGGCAACUAAAAAUGCAAAGGCUGGCAAUGGUGAAGGCGUUGCAGUUGAUGUCUCUGAUUUGAACUGGAAAACGGUUGAAAUUCCUGAUACUAUGGAUGAUUAUGGUGGAUUUUAUGGUCUCGAAGAAAUAGAUGGUGUUGACGUUAAAAUAGUGGACGGAAAGGCUCAGUUUAUCGCUAAGGAUCCAAAAAAGGCUGUGAAGAAUCAAGGUGAGCCAGAAGAACUGAGCGAGGGCCUAGAAGAUGAAGAAGAAAAAGAUGGUGACGAUUCAAUGAAUAAUCUAAUAGAAUUCAAAAACAUGGAUGAUCUAAAAGAAGGUGAACUAGAUGCUUCAUCAUCAGAAGAAUCGGAGGAGGCAGAUCAGGAUGAAGACAUGGAAGACAUUUCUAGUCCUGAGGAUGCCAUUGUUGGUGAAGAAACACACUUAAAUGGCGAGGAUGAAGAUUCCGGUCAACUCGAGAGUGAGGCACCGGACAGCGAAGCUAAACAGCAGAUAGAGGGCGAGGAACUCGAACUCAACGUAUUUGAUGGCGACGUUGACGUUGAUGACCUGGAUAGUCUCCCAGAGUGGACCAAUAAAAUGAAGCUGUCUAUGACCACCUUACAAGGGCUUUCAAAGCAGUAUUUCGUAAGGCCAACAGAAAUCCAAGCAACCGCUAUCCCAUUGGCUUUAGAGGGACAUGAUAUAAUGGGUAAAGCUUCUACCGGCUCAGGUAAAACACUUGCGUAUGGGAUACCGAUAUUGGAAAAACUGGUUGCGGACCAGUCAGGAAACAAAACAAUCGGGAUCAUUUUCACUCCAACACGAGAGCUCGCUCACCAAGUCACCCAGCAUAUGCAGAAACAGGCUUUUUCGAUCAACAAAAAAAACCCAUACGCCAUUGUUUCUCUAACGGGUGGUUUGUCCAUUCAUAAGCAAGAACGGUUACUCAAAUAUGAUGGCUGCGCCAGAAUUAUAAUCGCUACGCCUGGAAGAUUUCUAGAAAUUAUUGAAAGAGACCCAAAGUUGAUAGACCGCUUCUCUCAGAUAGAUUGUUUGGUACUUGAUGAGGCCGACAGACUGCUGCAAGAUGGACACUUCGAUGAGUUUGAAAAGAUUCUCAAGCAUUUGGGGAAGGCCAGAAAUAUGAAAAGGAAGGCCAAAAGCGAGUAUGCCGGAACAGGAUGGCAAACCAUGAUCUUUUCGGCCACUUUUUCGAUGGAUUUGUUCAACAAGCUAUCGACAACGAACUGGAAAAAAUUGGGCAAGGGCAAAGACACUGAUGAAAUGGAACAGGCGUUAAAACAUUUGAUGACCAAGAUUCAUUUCAGAUCGAAACCUGUCAUUGUUGAUGUCAACCCUAACAACAAGGUACAUUCCAAGAUUUCAGAAGCGCUCAUAGAAUGUCUACCAACAGAAAGAGACCUUUACACAUAUUACUUUUUGACGGUCUACCCGGGAACAACGCUAGUAUUCUGCAAUGCGAUUGACUCCGUCAAAAAACUCAAUUCUUACCUCACUUUCUUGGGAAUAUCAUCUUUCCAAAUCCAUUCAUCCAUGACUCAGAAAAACCGUCUAAAGAACCUUGAGAAGUUCCGCCAGGAAGCCUCUUCCAACAAAACACACGGUAAGCCGACUGUUUUGAUAGCCAGUGACGUCGCGGCUAGAGGUCUGGACAUUCCAGAUAUCAAGCAUGUCUUGAACUAUCAUUUGCCCAGGAGUGCAGAUGUAUACAUCCAUCGGUCGGGGAGAACUGCUCGUGGCGAUAAUGAGGGUGUUUCGGUAAUGGUAUGCUCUCCUCAAGAGGCAAUGGGCCCGCUCAGAAAGCUGAGAAAGGUUCUUUCUUCGAAGUCGGAUGCUACCUACGGUAAGAAGUGGCAGAAAGAUGUACCCGUCUUUCCAAUUGAACCCGGCAUUCUUUCGCAGCUACGCGAAAGAGGUGCAGUAGCGAAUGAGCUUGCUGAGGACCAGCUAGCCACACGAUCCCUGAACAAGGACGAAAAUUGGCUAAAAAAAGCGGCCGAUGAUCUAGGAAUCGAACUUGACUCUGAGGAUGAGUCCAAAGACAUUAUUCUGGCUAAAAACAAAUUCAAGAAGCAAGGCAAGCAAUUGGGAAAACAGGAGGUCAAAAAUCUACAGUUUGAACUCAAGCAACUGUUGAAGAAAUCUAUUCGUAAAGAUUUGCGGAAAAGUUAUCUAACCGGUGGCUCUACUAACCUAGCAGAUGACUUGGUCAAAAAUAUUGGACACACGACAAUCAUAGGACACAAGAAGACUGACGCCUUGGAAUUCUUGAAGAAGAACAAAAAAAACCGUAAGUGA